AUCGUAACCAUUUCGGAACAUAUAAAUACUAAACGAUAUCGCUUCACACCAAAAGUUACCACUAUCGAUCACUCCGGCCGAUCUAAUCCGCCGGCGACUCAAACUCAAUCCACGGGUUUCGUCCAGUCAUGUCUGGGCUCGAUAGGAUCAGCGAGUUGCCAGAACCAUUGCUUACUCAAAUACUCUCAUACCUUCCGACAAAACAAUCGGUGCAGACAAGUGUUUUGUCUAAGAGAUGGGAGAAUCUGUAUCUAAGCGUUCCGGUUCUUGACUUAAACUGCUCUGUAUUUGGUUUUGACUCAAGCUGCUAUGAAUUUCCUUACGAAGCCGAUGAAGUGCUCUUGAGCUUCUUAAACUUCAUUGAAAGACUCCUCGAGUUUAGCCCUGAGUUGAGUCUGUUAAAAGUGAAGGUUAAGUGCAGGACCACGGCGAUAGACGGGUUCAUGGACCGUCUCGCUACAGUGAUCGACCGAGGGACACAGUAUCUAGAUGUUGAGAGCAGUACAGAUUAUUACGAGGACUCUUUUGGUGUUACCUUACCUGGUGUAGACUUCGUGCCUAUGAAUCUCUUCACGAGCAGGACGUUGGUUUACUUAAAGCUCUCCUCUUCUGGUCUUGAUGAUCCUGGUCUUGUUUCCAUGCCUCGUCUUAAAUUCAUGCAUCUGGAAGAAAUUAAAUGGCGUGUGCAUCUUGAGAAGCUUCUCUCAGGGUGCCCUGUUCUUGAGGAGCUGACCUUGUUGAGGGAUAUGGAGGAUGAGUUUGCACGUGGGAAUGAUGAAUUUGGGGUUAUGCGUGUGAGGUCACGGAGCUUGAAGAGGUUUCGUGUGCUUAAGCACAGAUGGGAUUGCAGUCCGGAAGUGAGAUGCACGCUUGAGAUUGAUGCUCCGGGGCUAGAGUAUAUGAGUCUAGGUGAAGAUCAGUUUGAUAGCAUCGUGGUUAAGAACCUGUCUUCUUUGUUAAAGGUUGAGCUUGAUAUCAAGUUUGUUGUCAACUUUGGCGAGUUUUUUGAUCCGUGGGAUGCAUCAAAGAGAAGUGAGAUUCGUGAUUUUCUCAAGGGGGUAUCGAGUGUAAGACAUAUGAUCAUCUCUGAGAAAACAGUAAAGGCCCUUGAUCUUUACUCCAAAGUAGGAAUGAUUCCUCAAUUCAACAACUUAUCCCGUUUAGAAGCCGUGUUCCCUAGCGAGUUGUUGCAGUUUCUGCCGGCCUUGCUUGAGUGUUGCCCAAAUCUGAACAACCUAGUCUUGAAGGUUGUUCAUUCAGAAGUGAUGGAGGAGGGACUGGAACUCACAGAUGUGCCAAGGUGUGUCUCAUCGACUCUUGAGUGUGUUGAGAUUAAAGAUAAGUUUGAAUGGGAGGAAGGGAAGAUGAAGGUAGCCAGUUACUUUCUUGAAAACUCAGCAGUACUGAAGAAACUCAUUCUGAGCUCCACUGCUUAUAAUCAGAACAUUUACGAUAAGGUUAAUCAACUCACAAAACGUUCUCCAGGAUGUCAAAUUAUCCAUGAGUGAGUUCAUUAUCAGUGGUUGAGUCUUUUUUUUUGUUCUGGUUGGAUUCCUUUGACCAUUGUUUUUUCUUUUCCUUGACCAUUGUUGUUGAAUCUUCCUUUCCUUUUUCCUUUUUUUUCAAAGGUCACAAUCUCUAUUUCUUGGAUAAGUUAUGAUCUUGGAUUUUCUUAAAAUUUUAGUUUGGUAUGAAUUUAUAUGUUUACUCCUAUAAAUAUCAAAGAAAAUUAAGUA